UGCACGGAAUGAAUGAGGACAUUUUCACUUGUUCAAAGGGGGAUAUAAAUAUGUCUUUCCUUGUUUCAAGUUCAUGGACACAUCUUAAAAUGCUAAGUAUCCAUAAAGGACGUCGUUUGACUCGAGAUUUUUGUGCAUGAUAUACCAAACGUUCACAUUUCGCCUUUUGUGAUUGGUUGUGUUUAAAGCUUCCAUUACAGUUUAUUAUUUUGAUAAUGAUUUGUUUUAAUGCUAUUUCUGUUCCACUAUGAAAGCUUUUUUGCCUCAGAAAUGAUUUAAACUGAGUGAACUUCCUUUGCCUGCUCCUGUUUUUGUUACCAUGGCAACAGGUUGGGGUAAAAUCUGCGCUUUAAACGGCGUUUCUGGUCGUGCUUUAGCUUUGAAAGGACGCCAAACCGGAAGCGCUCUUCCUAGUUACGUCCAACUUAAUGGUGUCGGUUGGCGUUCACGCGAGCGGCGUACUGUCUGGCUGACCUAACGGCGGAUCCAACGGGAGACUGUGGACGUUAACUUGUCGUUACCGUUUGAGUUAUCUUUACCCCGGUAGCUUGGUUUUUAGCCUUCUGGGGGCCAAAUACGAAGUCAUCCUGGAAGCACCCGGAGAACCGCGGAUAUCAACGCGGCAUGGUUGCUUCGUGACCCGCGGCAGGUGCGAAGAGAUGCCGGGAGAGGCGCCGGCAGGAACCGGUCGGGUGGUGCUGGUAAAGAAGAUCGUCAUGAAGGAUGGAGCUGCGGUAGGUGGACGGCCCGCCAUUUUUGUUUUAUUUAUUUAAUUCAAUCGCCAACCUGUAUGACAGCUUAUCCUGAUUUCAUCCAUAAAAUCCAAUCGAAAUUUUUAACCAUUAAGGCUGUCAAAAGAUAGAAUUCGCCAGUUAAUUCAGCAUUUGUGCAGCUAGUUUUGGCUCAUGUAUGUCCGUUAGUGUAUGACAUAACAUCAUACUUGAAUACAUGACGUAUUCUGUAUUGUGAAAUUCUGAUAUGGCAAAAAAAGGCAGAUUUAUGUGAAUUUUCCAGCGAGAAUGGAUCAAAUUUGCAUGAGUCUUAUCGUUAAGCGUGCAAACUACCCCAAUUGCAACCCUUAUGAUGUUAAGCAAGUGCUUAUAGUUGGUGUAAAGGACAUGUUCCAGGUAUCAAAAUGAAUGAAAUGAGCCCCUACAGCAGCUCAGGUCCAAAAUGGCUGUUUCACUGUGUGGAUGUGGAUGCAUGUAUGUUGAAAUGGAGAAAGAGCAGGUUUAAUGUGGCCCUCAGUCAGCUCGGCUUAGUGUGGGGAUGAUGAUGAUGAUGGGGAUCCAUUAUCUAUUACAUAACAGCUCAGCACACCGAGGGCAGGCGGAGACUGCAGAUUCAACACUGCACAGCCUCCAUGGCUCAGCCAGCGUCCAUUUUAGCAGACCUACGCAGACAUAACACAGGCAUUUACAAUAUCAGAAAAACAACCACAGACACACUAUAGUGACUUUUCUGCAUUUCCUUACAUACUGAAAUGAAAUGUGCUAUUUCAUUAUGAUCUUUAAAUUAUAAAUGAUCUUUAUUAACAAAAACUGGCAGGCUGGUACAUCAUGAAGCAUCUACCAUUCCUUACCGUUUCAAACUGAAUGAAUUAAAAUGCCUGAAUUCUUUGGUGCUUUGACUAUUUGUUAGAAAAGAACAAUAUAUUUUAGGUAUUAAGUAUUGAAUUAAAAACUAUAUAUAGAUGACUAAUUUUUCAUUUUUUUCUCUAUCAAAUUAAUAUGUCAAUAGCUAUCAUAGAUCUGUAAAAUGAGAGAUUGACUUUUCAUACAUACAUACAGUUACAGAGAUGAGGGUUGAUUAGUUUGAUGAUUGUUUUUGCAGCAUUCCUUCGAGAACACCAUAAAGACAACUAAGGCUGGAGAAAAAUUGCAUAAGAACAACAUAAAUAUGUGAUGAAGAAAGCAGAGUAGAAGCCUAUUCUCUAAAGGGGAAAACACUGAGUCAAUUUCCUCUUGAGUGCAUUUUUCAUCUGCAGAUUUGAAGUUUUUCCAAAUAAAGUCAUUUAUUUUAAAUAUUAAUUGCCACAGAUCUAAUCUGAAUGUCGGUUUGACUGAGCUUUGAUUUGGUUUGACAUGGAUGACUGAGGACCUUUUACAGGGAUAUUUUGUACAAUGUUUUAUCAAUUACACAGUAAUUUAUAUUGUGAUAAAUAACUGAAAACCAAGAUGAAUCCAUAGAGGAAACUCAGCCUGGUCAUGUAGCAUAAAAGCAACUAUGAUUACACAACAAAACAUAAAUACUUAAUAAGCCGAACAGCACUAAAAACUUAUCCUGUUUCUCUAAACAUGCAGCAGGAAAAUCCAACACGUUGAGGCGGCCUAUCAAUUAGUUGUUUAACCAAAAAUAGAUUUGUAAGCUUUAACAUCUGCCGUUUCCUUGGAUAUUUAAUCUGUACUCAGGCUGGACAGUGAUUUCAUGCAACCCUGGUUUUGCAUUGUAUUGUUUAAAGUUGGUUUUUAUAACAUGGAAGUCGACUAGUAUGUCCAAAAGACAUCUGUUUCAAGAUAAUGCUCUUAAAUCUUUCUGACAACUCAGACCUCGUAUGAUCAUUUUUGUACACUUUGGGGUCACAGUUGGGGUCUUACGGCAUGAUGUCCAACGUGUCUUCUUCUCUUCAUGUUUGCAUAUUCACAUCAGCAUUAUCAGUGAGCUGUGCUCUAAUUCUUAAGGCACAAUAUUGACAGUGCAAUACUCCUGGAUUUCAGAUGUUUUAGGGCACCAUGGUGUUGCAUCAAUGCUGCUAUUUUGCAUGGUUUUACUCAUCUGUCACUCCCUGCUUGUAUAUUUGCAAAUACUAAUUCUCAGCAGAGAUACUGAGAACUUGAGUGGGCCCUACCCUUAUUUAGGAGCCCUAGAAACUGAUAGAUAAUAAAUUCCCCAAAUAUUUUUGGCCCCGACUUGAACAGCUUUUUAAAAAAAUUCCCCUUGAAAAAAAUUAUUGAUAGGAACACAAGAUUUAUUCAAUUUGUGACAUCAGUGAUUAAUCAGUCUCCUUAAGAAGACAUAAAAAACACAAGACUUGACAAACAGAAAGAUCCUGCCCUGUUCUGUUGUUGCCAUUUUUGACCCCUUGCGAGGGUCAGAUAGAUUCAGGGUCCAAAACAUACCGCCACACUAAAUCAUAAUUUAGUCAUUUUAAAUAAGAAAACUUGACUUUGAAGCAUGCAAUAGUGGAGGAGGCUUCUGGUGUGCUUUGGGAGACCUUAAGAAACAGUUGCUGAAAUGAAGCCUAGAGAAAAAGACGUCACAAGCUCCUCAGAAAGGGAAGAAAAGAAGCCAGACUAGAUUAUUGCAAAAGAAUUAGAUACUGACCUCAAGAUGGCCAAUUUCAAGUCUUUAUUCUUUAUUUAUUUCUGUGGACAGUAAAUGUGAGCACCAUAUUUCAGUGCUUGUUAUUAAUGAAUAUCAGUUUGGGCCAAAAUCAUUUGACUGAUCAUCAGGAAGACCAUCAGUUUCAUUUCUGGACCCACACUCCUGCACAUCUAAAAAUGCUCAUCACAGCUCCCUGCAGUGCAAAGCGAGUCCUACAAGUGUUUUAUUUGGAGCAAAUUACAGUCAAAAUCCAAAAAUAUUCAGUGAACAGUCUGAUGAAAACAAGAAAAGCAGCCAGUCCUCCAGUGGAAACAGAGUGUAUGAGCCAUUUUGGAUGAGAAUGGUUCGAAAAAUGAUCUAAAUGUUAAAAUCUUACGUACUCGUAUAACCCUAUUAUCAGAGCUGAAACAAAAUCAAAUUAACCAAAGUGACCCUCAAAGUCAGAUAAUUAUAAGACAGUUAUGAAGUGCACACAGACUCACCUGCUGACCUGAAUAUCUGAAAACACUGGAGAGCAGCUCAGGAUACCUCAUUAUCUAAGUAAUCUAAAUCUGGUCAAGAAUAACCUGUUGUGAUUAUAAAAUAGUCCAUUUUACUGACUGAAUCCUUUGUAUCUGUGUCAGCAGGCUAACAAUCACUUAAUAUAACUGUAUCAGCACUUAUGUUUAAUACCCACUCAGUCUAAAAGGCCAGAAUGCCAUGACUUACUACACUUGGAACUGUGGCAUUUUGCUGGAAAAUGAAUCCUACAUAAUGUUUUCAACAAACUCACCCCAUCAUUUCAAAAUAUCUAAUGUUAUACAUCUGUGUGUGUUUUGUGUUUGAUUUGUGUGUUUCAGCUGCAGCAGGGCAUCGGCAGACCCAGCGUCUAUCAUGCAGUCGUGGUCAUCUUCUUGGAGUUCUUCGCCUGGGGAUUACUCACCACGCCCAUGCUCACUGUGAGUAACACUGUGUGGUGAUGACAGGAUGUUUGCGUCAACCUCUGAGCAGCUGAUCACUGUCAUACAAUUGAAAUCAGCCUUGGGACAAGCUCCCAUAUGGAGGAGGCUGCUCGACAUCCUUGAUUUGUGACAUCGAGUAAUCAGUGAAGCCGAUCACAUCAAAAUGCUGUUAAUCGGGCUGAUAUCUGUUGGCCUGUUUAUUGGUCAACCUCUAUUGAGGACAACCACAGUGUCUCUCCAACUUUCAUUUGCCUGGUUCUGUAGACAAGUGUGACAGCUGAUCACAUUCAUGUCGCUUUUUGCGUGUGUAAUUCAACAGCCAAGAUCCUGAACAUAAGACAAUCCCAGUAUUUCAAAUGUACUUCAGAUAGAAAAAAAAAACAUUAUUUUUAUAUUCAGGUUGAUACGGUUUGACAGUAUGUUUUUGUGGAGAGAGACAAAUAAGGAAAUGUUUCUUGAACUAUAGAAUCAUAGUUUUUGUUGGACAGUUGGAUGGAUAGCUUGAAAGUUUUUGGUUUCAAGUAACAAGAAACAUUUUGGUCCUCAAAUUAAAUACCUUUGCUUUGUGUAGAAAGAGAUGUGUUUCGUAUCACAUUGCGCAAGAUGUAGAUAUGAUGAUAGAUUUGAGGUUGAAGAUGGUGUCAAACAUGCGGAAAAUCUUUAUUGGGUGUUUUUAUGGUUUAAAGGAAAUUCUUGAGUUACAGAAUCGAGAUUAUAUCUUACUGUGUGACAUUGUUUGGAUUUUAUACAGCAGGAUUUACUCUGUUCUACCUUUAAAGAAAAAUAAAUAGUUUCAUGUUUGGCAGUAUCAUUAUUGUUUUUUUUCUUUGUUUUCCUUGAAAGCUUUUUAAAUGUUUGUGUUGUGUCUCAUCUUACAGGUUUUACACGAAACAUUCCCACAACACACAUUCCUGAUAAAUGGACUUAUUCAGGGUGUGAAGGUGAGAGCUCCUAACAUCCUUGUAUAAAAAGUUUCAUCCGUUUAAAAUGGUGUUACAAAGAAUAAAACAACAUAUUUGUGCUUCACUUUAACUGAAACAUCUUUUAUCAAAUAGUUGUGCGUAUUUUCACUGACUCUUCCUCUUCUGGUUCAGGGUCUGCUGUCGUUCAUGUCAGCUCCUCUGAUUGGUGCGCUGUCUGAUGUUUGGGGGAGGCGGACCUUCCUGUUGGUGACGGUCUUCUUCACUUGCGCUCCAAUCCCUCUGAUGAGACUCAGCCCCUGGUAGGUUUCACUCCUUUCUGUUGGUACAGAAAUGUGAAUCAUAUGUCAAGUCAGAGUUCUGUUGGAGCUUUAAACUGGGCAAACCAAAUCCAAUAAUGUGAAUUUAAAGCCUUAAAAUGUCUUAAAUUCUCUUAAAAUCUCAUAAAAUGUCUUAAAUACGAUUUUGAAAGGUCUUAAAAAUGUAUUGAUGUUACUUACAAAUAAAUAACGUUCCAUAGGAAUUAAGGUUGUUGAUGUUAAAUGGGUCUUACAUUGUAUUUAUUACGGUCUUAAAAAAGUCUAACAAAAAAUUUUAAAUUUGACUAGUUGAAACCUGCAGAGACCCUGUUUAGGUUCUCCAGUAUUUGCAACUCCACAUAUUCAUUAUUUGUGUGUUUGAGGUGCAGAAAAACAAGUGUGAAGCUGUUCCUCUUCUCGUCUUGCAGGUGGUACUUUGCCAUGAUUUCCAUGUCUGGAGCUUUCUCUGUCACCUUCUCUGUCAUCUUUGCCUACGUCGCUGAUGUGACAGACGAGAGAGAAAGGAGUACAGCGUAUGGUCUGGUAAGUCCUCCUGCCAAACAAAGUGAAUACUCAUUUAAGUAGAAUAAAACAUGAGAGGUUAGGUUUUUAUUUCUCAUUUGUCUUUUGAAGCUUGGCACAAACUGAAAGAUUGUUUUAUAACGUGACCAAGUUUGAAAAUAUAAGAAACCAGGUACACAUAAUGACAGAUCUCUUUAUUCAGAUUUGUCAGACUAUUUUGAACACAGAUUACACCCAGCUGUGUGUGUCUCUGUGUGUAAAGGAGUCAUGGCAUCAUGUUUGCAGUUACAUCAUACUUCAGUGACCUCAGACGGACGACGGAGGUGUUGAAUGACACAGACUGUGCGACCUUACAGAACAGAAAAUGUCAAGUCAGCUUAAUAAGAGAACGCACAUCCAGACAGAGCAGAGGAAUAUCUGAGGACAUGACAACUUUUGCAUUUGUGUUUUCUUAUAAAAUGACAUCAUAGGGACAAAGUGAGAGUCGUGACUAGUCAUUCACAGGGAGCCUUGCCUGAUUCAUCCUCAGCUUUACUGUCAGUCUGACCGUAGCAGGACUGCAAUUUACAAAAUAAACAUCAUGCUGGUGAAGAGACCCGACAGGAAAUGAGAGCAAAAACUUGUUAGGUAACUGUCUCCUGCCUGUGGAGUAAAUAAACUAAAGAAAAGCUCAUUUUCUCUUGCAGUCUCAGCAUUCGGGGCAUCUUUAACUCACUUUCCCAAUCUCUAAAAUUGAUUUUCUCAUUUCCUAGGUGUCUGCUACUUUCGCAGCCAGCCUGGUGACGAGUCCAGCUAUCGGGGCGUACCUGUCCGCCUGGUACGGAGACAACCUGGUUGUCCUGGUGGCCACGUUGAUCGCUCUGGCAGACAUCUGUUUCAUCCUGCUGGCUGUACCCGAGUCUCUGCCUGACAAGAUGAGACUCAACACUUGGGGUGCACCCAUAUCCUGGGAGCAGGCUGACCCUUUCGCUGUCAGUACCCAAUAAACAAUCAUUCGUGUGUUACAGUUGUUAUUCGCUCAUGAGUUUAAUAUCAGAUUAUUUUGCUAUGUAGUUAAAUGAAGUCUUUAUUUAUUCUGUUCUCUGUUUCUGGACAGUAUAUAGAGUGGAGACGUGGGCGAAGGUGCCUCAGUGUUCCUCCACACAGUAACUUUAUUGAGUGAUUUAAUUAUGAUGAAGGAUUACAGUUUGAAGGGAUUACAGCUUAAAAAGGAAAGAACAAAGUUACACUACAAAGAACACUGUCUCAACGACCCUUUGACACCCAGGCUUUAAUUUAAGGUGUGCUUAUCCUCUGACAGUGUGCUGUAUGUCCUCUCUCUCUCUUUCUGUCUCUCUCUCUCUGUCCUUUAGUCUCUGAGGAAGGUGGGUCAGGACUCGACGGUCUUGCUGAUCUGCAUCACUGUGUUCCUGUCGUACCUCCCUGAGGCUGGACAGUACUCCAGCUUCUUUCUGUACCUGAGACAGGUGAGACAAACGGCUGACUGAGGCACUGUUUCCUGACAAUAUUACUUUCAGCACUGUCUGUGUUUUUAACUGCAAUGUGUGUUUUACAAAAACCAAUGUGCAAAAGAUUUAAGGUAUAUAUCUUUGUUUUAAUUCAGAUAUAUUCUGCACAGAGAAGAAAAUAUUGCAACAACAGUUCAGUUAGGGUGACCAUAAGUUCUCUUUUACCUGGACAUGUCCUCUUUUUGGGGGGCUGUUCGGCCUGUCUGACUUUGUCUGGGGAAGUUUAUAAAAUCCUUCAAAUGUCCGGGGUUUUGUUCUGAAGUUUGGAGUUUGUGUUACGUGGACUUACUGAGUUAGAAGCGCACAAAAGACACUCGAUCUGACCCGAAAAACUCUCAAAAUCAACUUUGUGCGCCUCUGUGACUUCGCCCCCGCAUAGUGGUGUCUUCUUUUUGGGGAUUCAGAAUAUGGUCACCCUAAUUCAAUGUAUUAUUGUUCAACCCCAGUCUUGAGUGUGUUUGCAUCCUUUAGUGGGACAGGUCUCUAUUUUAGCUCUAAUUUUUAAUAUCUCCCCAUUUUCUUAAAUGGGCAAAUUAACUUGAAAAAUUAGGAACAGCAAAAUCUCUAUCCAGUAAUAAGACUGCAGGGAUUGUAUCUGUGACGUUUUUACUGUUUGGCUGCUGCUUUUAGCAACUUCUGGCCCAGCUUCACCUGCUUGAGGAUUAAGCUUUCACUGUCAGAGCUGCAUCACUUAGGAAUUUAUUACUUCAGCCGACUGAAUUGAAAAUAAACAUUGAUUGGACAUCACCAUAAAACCCUGUGGGGAUUUUCUUUCAGCAGUUUUGUUUCCUCCUGGUUGCCUCCAGCUCUUCAAAGUAACUUGAUGAUAAUGCUUGUUUCUCUCUGUACCCUCAGGUGAUAAAUUUCUCCUCCACAACCCUCGCUGUUUUCAUUGGGGUUGUAGGGAUCCUGUCAAUCGUAGCUCAGGUAAAACUGGUUCAGUUUGUACUUGUUCUUUGGUUUUAUCCUCAUUUUCUGUCAAUUAUACAUUUUCCUUUACUUGCUGUAAGGUUAGAGCAACAUUAAGUAUUUCGUUUUUCUUCUCUUCUCACCUCUGUCUCCAGACUCUGUUCCUCACUCUGCUGAUGAGGACUCUGGGGAAUAAAAACACAGUUCUGUUGGGUUUGGGCUUCCAGAUCCUUCAGCUAGCCUGGUAUGGCUUCGGGUCCGAGCCAUGGUGAGAUGUGUUUGCUCUUUUCUGAUUUUUGUUUUGGCUUCAUGCAGAAGAAAUUUUUUGAAAUAUAAUAUUAGACGCCUGACUUGUUUUAUGUUCGUACAUAAAAUAUUUCAAAAGUUUCUCAUGUUGGGCAUUGACAGAUAGGUCCUCCAGAUACUUGCCAGUCUCUAACCCCAACCCUAACCCUCUCAGGGGAGGUUUGCUGGGGUUACUGGAAGCUAAAUAUCCCCAAAUCCAAUAAAAGGCAGGAAAGAGCUGCUAAGAUUAGCCUCAUCUCCCAAGGUAUCAAGAACAAACUUUCUCACAGUGUCAGAAAACGAACCAGCUGAUGAGUUUGCAGGUCUAAUGUUGUAACUACAUGGUUAAAACUCAUUUACUGCUAAAAGUGUUAGCUAGUUUUUCAAGUCCCCUAGAUUUGAAUUUUGAAUCAAUAUAGAAUUUCCCUUUGGGGAUAAAUAAAAUAUAUUUCUUUUUGGAUUUAAACUUUAAUGCAAGCACAUUAAAAAUCUGUGUAAUUCAUUGACUUUAUAAAUAAUGAACAUAUCCACAACGUAUUGAGUGGUUUGUGCUGUUUUGAAGCUUUUAGCAUCAAAUUGAACAUUUGAGCCCUUGACAUUUAGUUUUUCUGGAGCCAGUAUAACCACAUUAGAGCAAGAGGGUGGAGAGAAGAGUGUGUAAUAAAUAUGCCAGAUUAUCUAAACUACUCUGUUGUUGUGUCCAUAGGCUGAUUGUAGUGAAUAAGCAUGUUUACUCUGGCCGUAUCCACAGAUUGAGAUCUGAUUUUGUUUAUUUGCCAACUGACACAACUACCACAGACUUAAAUCUAAGGCCCUGUUAUAAAAUCGAGUUUUUUCUUUUCGUUUUGGUGUAUGUUUAUACAGUUUGUGUUUAUUUCUGAUGUAAAGAAGAAUUCACUUUUAAAUUCUGCCUCUAAUGGUCAUCUUGGGUACUGCAGUUUUUGGCAUUUGCUAUAUUUUUCAUCCAUCUUGGCCACAACUUGAUUUAAUCUUUAUUUGUUUGUGGUUAACAAAGUUCUGAAAAACAAACUGUGGGUGGAGCAGAGAGCUGUCGCUUUUAUUCAUUUAUUUUGUGGAAGCAGGUCCGACAGGGGUUUUGAAAAGGCAACAUCACACAAGAUAUAAAUAUAGCUCUAACUGUGUGUGUAUGUGCGUGUGUUUACAGGAUGAUGUGGGCAGCAGGUGCAGUAGCAGCAAUGUCCUCCAUCACCUUCCCCGCUGUCUCCGCUCUGGUGUCACAGUCUGCUGAUCCUGAUAAACAAGGUGACAAAAAAAUCCUCCCCCCUCUCUCAUCUACUCUCUCUCCCUUCUUUUCCCCCCUCUUUUUCACAUCCUCUUUCGUUGCCUCUUCCUUUUUCCUCUCCAUCUUCUCUUCCCAUUAUGCUCCUCUCAUCCUCAUAUUUCCCCCACUUCUCUCUCAUAUUCUGUCCUCCUCUGUUUUCUCCUCUCUCAUCCCUCACUCCUUGUUUCUCCUCACGUCUCCUCUGCCCUGAGUUUCCUCACAUCACCUCUUUUUCUCCUCCUUUUUGUCUUCUUUGUCUUCUUUUCUUCUCCUUUACCUUUUGUUUGAUACUUGAACACUUUCCUCCUCUCAUCUUUCCUCUGCUAUGUCUCCUUCCCUUGUUUUGCCUCUCUUCUUUUCAUCCUCUUUCCUCCAAUUCAUCCCCUCUGUUUUCUCUUUCCUCUCUUCUCUCCUUGCUUCUGCUCCUCUCCUCGCUUAUCUUCUCUCUCCUUUCCUCUCCUUUUCUCCUUUUACCUUUCCUCAUCUGCAUCUCCUCUUUUUCUUCUUUCAUCUUCCUCUUCUCUCUCUUUUCUUCUCUUCUGCUCUCUAUCCUCUUUUCCUUUUUCUAUUCCUCUCCUCCUCCUCCUCUUCAGAUCAAUAGGUCAUUGUGUUGCCAUGGAUUUUCUGGGUUGCAGUCUGUGUUACGUAUUACUAAAGCAGUCAGUGAAACACAUCCUCCUGAGCUAAAUAUAACAGCAGAGACAGAGCUCACUGGGUCAGCGUUAACCAGCUGAUCCAUAACCUGAUUUGUGUCUCCUGCAGGUGUGGUCCAGGGGAUGAUUACAGGGAUCAGGGGUCUGUGUAACGGUCUGGGUCCAGCUCUGUAUGGAUUCGUUUUCUUCCUCUUUAAUGUGGAGCUCAACGCCAUGGACCCCAUCCAGGGAGACUUCAACAUCGACCCCCUGCCUCUGAAUAAUCCAACUGAGGUACAGAAACAUGAAACAUCCUCUACAUACACAGACAACUGACUUUCUUCUACAUGAAAUCCCCUCAAAGCUCUUCACAGAGGACUCCAUUUUAGGCAGACAGGCAGUCAGACAGCAGCCUGUGUGGGAAAACAGAGUCAAUAUUUAACGAAUGUUGCUCAGCUCUGAUUUCACCCAAAUCCACCUGCACACACCACUAAUCCACCAGCCUCCCACUCUAACAAAUUAUUUAUGCUGAUUUGGAGGCAUGCACCCACCUGUGCUUUCAUGUUAAACACUUCAGGAUUUACAGGUGAUUUCUUCAUUGUGUGUUGAAUUGACUGUUACAAAUUCCAUCAUUUUUUUCUUUACGGUGUAUUUAAAGCUGCUACUUUUGAGGACCUCUUUAUUCGUGUUGAGCACAAAAGCAGUACAGAUUGAGUCAUGAGAACUUAGAUUAAGCCCCUUUCUCUCAUUUGCUCUCCAGAAAUUUACGAACAACAACAUGCAGGAAUUAAGGUGUACGGUUAAAAACAUGGCUACAGAUGAAGCAACACAGUGAGGAUUGUGUCGCCAUUUAUAGAUUUACGUGCAGAUCUCAUCUUGGAUGAUUGUAUUUGUCACAUUUUGUAUCAGCCUUUGGGUUUGCACAAGUUAUAUCUGAUGGUGAAAUUUUCUGAGUAUAACCUGUGUCAUUCUCACACCGGCUCACCCUGACAUUUUGCUGAAAUUUAACUCAGGAGCUGGCAGGAAAGAUUCAGGGUUGAAAAUAUGCCUGUUUGUGCUCACUCAUCCACCCUCCUAAAGAAUUUUGUGCAUGUGUGUUUACAAGGUUGGAUAGUAUGUUUUUUUUCUGUUUUUUGGAGCAACUGAAAUGAAAAUGCAAUUUCCUCUCGGAUUUUCUGAAUAGACAUUUUUUGCAGCUGUAUCUCCAAAGGCCAUAGAGACCAAAUAUGAAUGCUUAUGCAGUCUUUCGAAUCCCUCUCUGUUUAUUAAUCAGCCAAAAAUUAUCAAUAACUCUGCACAUGUUCUGUUUUUUUUAUUUGUUGUAUUUCUUCACUGCACUGAAAACGUGUAGUAGUACUUAAAGGAAACUCUCCUUUGCUGAACGAUUACCCAAUGUGAUGGUCCUCAAUAUAGAAGUCAGAAUAUGCCAGUUUACAACCCCUGUCCUAAGCACCUAUAUGUUUAUUUUAUAACUGUAAUCAUAAUGUAAUCACUCUUGUGUUUUUCCACUUGGUCAGUUUGCAUGAUUUGACUCGUAGGCACACACUAACGCCUGUUCUUGAAGUCUGUGGCAAGACCCCCUCCACAAUGCAAGUAAACAUUUGUUUUUGUUUUUCAGCGAGCCCUCAUCCCCGGCCCACCCUUCCUACUAGGAGCGUGCACCGUGGUCGUCGCCUUCCUCGUUGCUCUCUUCAUCCCUGAGAAGCCCUCCUGCUCCUCCUCUUCCUCCCACCUGUCUCUAAGCGACAAGCCCCGCCCAGACAGCAAAGAGUCAAUGUCCUCACUGGCUGGCGUCCACAUCAACACGCCUCUCCCAGGUAGUGACGAAGAGACCCCUCCCACUGCCAGCGACGAGGAUUUUGAGCCCCUACUGCAGGACAGUAUCGUCUGAUUGACAGCUGGGAAAACCACAGAGUGGAGCUUGAUUGAUGGACUCUUUGUUUAAGGACAAAGAACUAGUAAUUCAUUUCCACAGCGGGAUUAAGCAUUAUUUUAUUGUCAGAAGUCUGACAGCAAGAAGCUCUUGUCGCUUUGUCUCCUUGCCAGAAGGAAAUAUAAUUUCCUCCUACAGGUACGGAGGUAACCACAUCUGUUGAGCGACCAAUAAGGACGUUUCUUUCACAAGGGGGCGGGAGUUGUAAGCUGCUAAGAUGUCAUCAAUUUAUUUGACUAUGCUUUGAUUGAAAGGAAGACGGUAGGCCAACAGAGACAUCAUACUUAAGAUGGAAACCAUCGAUUGAUUGACAAGCGGAGGAACCAACUAUGUUUUUUAAGGAGUGGACACGCCCAUUUUUGGGAUACACCCACUCUUGGGACUGGCCCUUAUAGAGUCCCUCCUGAGGGGAGGAAAAAGUAUUUUUGUGGCUUUAACGAAAGGGUUACUGUUCAUCUUUAAGCUUGAAGUUGUUGAUUGUUUUUGUGAUAAACAAAAAGGUAUUUUUUACCUUCAGCUGUAUCGAUUUGAAGCUGUAUUUUGAUUCAUUUUGGUUCUUGUACAAAAAGAUGUCUGCAACAUAUUUACAGCAGCCAAAACCUCAGUGUUGUUUAUAUUUUUUGUGCGUGUUGAGGAACAAUUUUUUGUUACUGUUUUUUCUUUUUUUGUGGGGUAAGGGAUUUUUUAUUUUUUUAAGUGUACAGUAUCUUACCUGCUGUGGAUGCUAACAAGGUAUGAAUGUGAACAUCUGAGAGAUGAGUCAGCAACAUGAAACCCUACAUGUCCAAUAUCAAUUUAUAUAGUUUCAUUUUAUUCCUAAAAUUCACCUAUGGAACUAUUUAGCAAAAAGGGUCCAGAAUAAAUAUUUAUUGUACAUACUUAAAACUCUUACUGAAGUACUAUUCAGAAAUUUAAUUUGAUAACCAAAACACCUCAGUUUAAUGUAGUUUUCCUAUUUAUUCCACCGUUUAGUGUCCCUGUUUGUCACUCUACCUCAGAUCAGUGUGUUUAAAAUCACUUUAGACCUGGAUUUCACCUUCACCUUUGUUUUAUUUUUAUAUCAAAGUCACUUUAUAAAAGUGCUGCUGGCUGCUGGCUGUGGGGAAAACCUCAGAACUGUGAAACCAUCUGCGUAUGAUGAAGAAAGCAUAUUGUGUUUUGUUGAAUUGUUGUUAUUGGAGACACAGACCUCCAUUUCAUUACCGUCAUUUCAUAAGCACGUGAUGUUUUUGCAGGUUUUAUUUAGAAAAUGUGGUUGCACUGAUUUGACGUUUCACGGUCAGACCAUAAGCAGACCCGAUUUUCAACUGGACAUGCAUACAGUCGACAUAGGGACAAAAAAAUGGCAAUUUUGCACUCACACUAAUGAGACUCAGUCUUGAAUUUAUGCAGGUAUCUUUUUUCCCAAAUUAGAAAUAAUUACACAUAAAUGUCCCAUUGGUACCCAGAUGACAUCCUAAUAUUGUGCAACAAAGAGUUGAACUGAUCAACUUUGAAGAGUUUCUGAAAUAGAUUGUUUGAACUAUGCCUCAUAAUCAAAUCACAUCACAUCCAGUUAUCCUUGUUUCAUACUGCUUUCUUAAGCCAGCUGCAGCCAAUUCCUUACCUGCUAAAUAAAGAGAACUGCCACUUAAAGGAGGCAUAUAGACAGAUGCUCCACAGCUGAAAAAGACAUUGAGCACAGAGUUAGUUCAGGCAGGUGACAAAGUCCGACUCAGUCUUCAAUACAUCAGCUGUUAACUCAGCCAGUUACUUUCUACACAUACGUUUGGCAAAUAUCAAAAUGGACUUUGACUGCUCUUGUCGGCCCACUCUUCCUGUUCCCUCUGCAAGCUACCUUCUCCCCAGCACCUCCUUUUAAGUAUUGUCUAGCUCUACCACAGUCAUAUGUAUUGUCACUGAUGACUGCUCUGAUCGAUACCCUGGAGAUCUUUGCUGCUGCUCACCAAACGUAGCUCAUUGAACCUGCAGUGUGGCGUCCCUGCAGAGUCCAGGUUUAGAAAUGCCACCGAGCUCACUACAUGACACCCUUAAGUUCAAAUACAGUAUUUCUGGCUCCCAUUGUUCUGUGUCAGUGUGCCUUCAACCAGCUUUUAUUUGAAGAUUUGCUCUUCACUUGUGGGUUUAAAGCUGUCCUGUUUUAUUUCUUGGUUUUAUUUUUCCAACACACAGUGGAAGUCAGCAGGGAGGGAUAAACAUUUGAUUUCACAGCUGUGAGGUUUCCCCCCCGCCAGCAGUAAAUUUCCUUUGAAUGAACUUAUACUUGAAGCAUUAGAAAGAGAUUUUAUGAGCUUUAGAGAAGAAAUGCUGAAGAGUUUAAGAGUAUAUAACUGACACAGAGUGUACAUAGUUAUUUGCUUUAUGACCUUAAAAUGUAAAUGUACAUGUGAAUGAUGUAUUGGUUUGUACAUAAUGUAAGUGAAGGGUGGGUUGGCUUGUUUUGGUUGAUAUGAAGGUUGUCCUUCAGAUUUCAGUGCAGUGAAGCUCAAUGGCACUAAAACAGUCUGGAAUGAGGUUCUGCUAUCUUUUUACAACUCCACACUAACAUAAGCAUCUGUUUUUGAUUUUUCUUAUUCAUGCAAACAAAAAUAAUCCCCCUCUUGUUCACAGUUAUGUUUACAUGCAAACUUGUAUCCUGCAAAUCAGUCUUUCUCUGUAUUUUUCAUAUUUUUGAACACAAAGAUCGUGUACUCUUUUUAUACAAAUUCAAAGGUGCUAGAUCAGAUCAAGUUUUCUGCAUUAUGUCUCACUAUUAGUUCUAGCUUUUUACCUGUUAAUAACUUAGGUUUCAUUUCAUUACCACAACUACAAACCCCUGUUUUUGCUUACAUUGUUGUUUAAGAUAUAAUAUAAUUUUACAGAUAUACCAGCCUCUUUUAUAUUAACCCAAUUCCUAAUAUCAAGGCAUUUAUAAACCAGGGUUAAAUAAUCCGGGUUUCAGUAAUCAGAAUAUGAUGUUGAUGUAAGUGAAUAAACCUGGAACCCAUAGCAAGUAGGAUAUUAGUGUACGUGUGAGCACUCAUUUGUUCACAAUAGUGACUUAAUUACCUGCACCUGAGAAACUGACUCAGCAGUGUAAAUAUUGUACAUGGAUGGAUGUCUGUAAAUGUGAAGACAUAGAUGUACAUGGCAUUCACUGUACAUACACUCUGUCUGUUGUCUUGUCUGAAGGUGUAUACGAGCAGAUGUUGGAUAUUGGAAAUUAAAAAUUAACACUUGGUAUCUGCAUG